GAAAAGAGUAGAAAAUAAGCGAGAUAUAAGGACGUCAGGCAACUUAGAGAAACGGCUUUGCUAGCCGCUCGAAGAUGCAGGCGGGAAAAAAAGAAAACAAAAACCUGACGCUGCUCGUAAAGCAGAUGGCCUGCUGUGUGCAGGCGCUACUUUGCCAGCAGCGGGCAACGGGCCGUGUGGCGGCAUCAGGUGCUGCCAUCAGGCGCUGCCACUUACAGGCUGAUUCGUGCAUCUUGCGACCGCAGGUUGUGGCAUCAAAAAAAUGCCAUUCUGCAAUUUUUUUGGAAAACCAGCCUGGCUCUACCGACAUGUCCAGCAACACGGGUCCAAGGCCGUGAAUUGCUUUUUCGCGGCUCGCGUGGGGUUGCGGUGCACGAACACUCGCAAGGCGCUGCGGCGGUUUCGAUGCAGAUGCAAGCCUUUGCUGGAAGCUCGGGAUUGUCGCUCCGAGCCUAGAGACGAAACGCUCCGAGAUCCACCAUCUCGUCCGGCUGGAAAAGCCCAUUUAGCAAAACCGGCAUUCGACAAUGCCACUAAAUUGCGCCCGUUCAGCUGUCAAGACAUGACGCAAUUUUGGCAAUUUUGGCUUUUGAUUAUGCUUUCGCUAUUCCCUACUAUACCACGCACGAUGGUGCAAUUUUUUUUCUGCUCGGGCCCAUUUUUCUUAGCUGUUUUUCCCAAGGGCGUCGCGCUAAAGCCGGCCGCGGCAACGGUCUGCCAGGUGGCAACCGUCCUCGGAAUUCGGCAACCAGUGUUUGGCUCUUCAUUCUGGCACCACGGAUCUCACUGCUUCCAUCUAGACUCUAAGCGUACACGAAGCGUCUCAGCACGCACAGAAACUCCCAUACCACUUUAUUUUGUCCGUGGUUCUUAGAACGCACACCGCGACUCUACCCACGUUUCAAAUCAAGCUGUGUGCAGUAGCACCGCUACGCCA